AUGGCCCACUCGCACUUUCCCGCCACGGCCAACGAAAAGGUACCGGCACUCUUUGGAUGUCCAUGUGUAUGGAGCCAUGUACCACUCUACGGCGAUGCGCAAGAAAAGCGCCGCUAUCACCACGCGCUGGCCAAGCCGAACGCCCCUGGCAUUGCGCGACAUCUACCAUCUGAGAUCAUCCUCUGCAUCGUAGACGCGCUGUUUGACCUGUACGCCAGAGAGGUUUCUCUGGGCUACGAGAAAUACUGGGAGUCAUCUUGUCUACCAUAUGAGACAGACAAGAUGUGCCCUUUCUGCAUGCUCCCUCGUUUCGACGUUUGGCGAGACGUUGCAAACUUGGCAGCUUCAUGCCGCGCACUCUACGAACUUAUCACGCCCGUGCUCUACAGGCGAGACGCAGAGCAGAAUCAUUCUUCAGCUCUGCUCAUCUCGGCGAAAAGGGGCAACCUCCGGGCUUUGAAACUUGCGUUGGAAAAUGGCGCAAACGCAGAUGCGGACGAUCACACAAUGCCGCUGCAAUGGACGAAUGAAUGCUUCCGGUAUUGUGAGCAUUGCGAGUACCAGGUUUGGUGGAGGGAGCCGCGCAGACUCGACAUGAGUGCGCUGCACUGGGCGGCGUUGUGCGGAAGAGAAGAUGUCCUUGAACUCUUGUUGAAUCACAAAGCCGGCGUCAGCCCCAACAAGAGGGCAGUAGUGCAGCCAGGUCUGGAUGCAGGGAAUUAUGGCUCGCUGCGGUAUGUGGAGGAUUAUUGCGACGAAUACAAUGCCAGCUUCCCCUGCCUGGCACUGCAGACGACAAUGGGCUACAACCCCGUAAGCUCCCACGGAGCCAAUGCCUUAUACUUCCUGUUGGGGACAGGCAGAAUGCGAGCGCACAAAAAGACAGUGGACAUGGCGAGGCUUCUUGUUAACGCAGGUUCUUCGUUGAUGACACAUGAAGCCGCGGAGCUUCAUGCUCUCCAUCAAGCGGCUGCAUACGACAACGUUGAGCUGGUGCAGUUCCUCCUUUGCGAAACAAAAGUCGACCCGAAUAUCACGGAUGCUGCCGGAAACACGCCAUUACACCAUCACGUCGACUCAAGGUUCAGGGUCGAGGGAGGCGCAAAGGACACAAAGACAUUAUCACUACUCCUGAAGUACGGUGCAGACCCCAACGUACGGAAUGUUGAUGGGUUAUCGCCGUUAGACAUUUGCAUCGUUACAACAUUGCUGGGUGCCGAUAGAAUGAAACUCUUGGUGCUUCUGGCUCAAAACGGAGGGACGUUGCGGGAUCGAGACUUGGGUCUUCACAGAUCGAGGCUGACUGAUGAGCAACGAGAAGAACUGAACAUCGCAUUUGAACAAGCUAGACAAUCCGAGAGAACUGAGUGGAUCGGAGACAUUUGA